AAAGGGGCAGUGUUUUACUCCCUCCCAAGGCUUACUACUUCUUCCGGCACAAUUGUAUGCUAAUGAGAUGUAGCCUAUCCAGCAGAAGGAAAUAUUGGUGAUUAAAAACUUCCCUCGCCGCAUGUUGUCGCGCUUGUUUAUUCUGAUCUUGGAAAUUUGCCAGCCUGCAUUUAAACCUGCUUGCUGUCACUCAAGUAGCCUAGUGCACUUCGUUCAGUGGCAAUAGUCCAUGGAGUCCAUCUAAACAGGAGCACAGGGAGUCCUGAUCAUAAAGAAGUGUGUCUUAUUUAAAUUUCAGUGGUUGCUUGCACAAGGCUUUCACCACCAGAGCCGGGGCAUUGACGCAUUUUGGAGUGGACGGGUAGCACUGCCAACCCGGCUGCGCUACAGACGCAUCCAUGAGCGAAACCGCGAUGGCCGUGGUGCAGCUCGAGACGGAGGACCAUCAACCAGAGAACGGCUUCGUGUCCCCCGAAACAGAGUUGCCGGGAUUGCUCACACGUAUCGACGAUUGUGUCUUGCCUUUUCUCGGGGGGUUUGGGAAGUAUCAGAGACAGCUAAUCGUGCUAACAUGGAUUCCGGCGUUAUUUAUUGGAUUCAGCCAGUACUCUGACGAAUUCCUUCUUGCUCAACCGAAUAACACAUGUGUUCCGCUAACGGCAAACACGACUAAUUUGACUAUAAUUCCUUCCUCUUUAUUUCAUGGUCCAAAUAAUAGUUUCCCGCGAACAGCGGCGUACGUUUAUUACAAUGGCACCCACAAUGAUACAGCCAGGCAUCUGCAACAUUGUAUGUGCAAGGAGUGGACCUUUGAGCUGCAUACGGGACUCAUGCAGAAUGUGGUUACUAAGUGGAGUCUGGUGUGUGACUCGGCGUGGAAGGUCCACAUUGCUAAGUUCUCUCUGCUAGUGGGAUCCAUAUUCGGAUACCUGGUCUUUGGGGUCCUGGCAGACUGGUUUGGUCGCCACCCGGUCCUAAUCAUCUCGGUCCUGUUCAUGCUGGUUUUCGGCCUGACCGUGGCCUUCUCGGUCAACGUUCCCAUGUUCAGCACCCUGCGCUUCUUCGAAGGCUUCUGCCUGGCAGGCAUCGCCCUCUCCCUCUACAUCCUCAGGAUCGAGUUGUGCCUACCAGCCUGGCGUUUCUCCAUGACCAUGGUUGCCAGCUUCGUGGUGCUGGGUGGGCAGCUCCUGAUGCCAGGGAUGGCAUAUCUCUGUCGAGACUGGCAGGUCCUGCAGGCUGUCAUCAUCUGCCCGCUGCUCCUCAUGCUGGCUUAUAUCUGGAUCUUUCCUGAGUCGCUGCGGUGGCUGCUGGCCACUCAACAGUACGGCCGCUCCAAGUGGAUCAUGGGACACAUCAUCAAGAAGAACCAGGUCAACCCCGAGCUGGACACUGACCACAUCCUUACAGAGCUGCAGAAAGCGCUUCACAAGAAACCCAAAAAGACAUGUAUUGUAAAGAUGGUGGGGACAAGGAACCUGUGGAAAAACAUUGUGGUCCUCUGUGUGAACUCACUGACUGGCUAUGGGAUCCACCAUUGCUUUGCCCGCAGUAUGAUGGACCACCACGAGACCCACGAGUCCACCAUGUUCCACAACUUCUACGGUGACUACUACACCAUGGCGGGCAUCGCCGUGGCUUCAUGCAUGGCACUGUGCCCUGCGGUGGGCCUGAUGGGGAGGAGGGGAGGCCUACUCAUGUUCAUGAUCAUCACAGCCUUGGCAUCACUGCUGCAGCUUGGCCUGCUCAACUUGCUGGGGAAAUACAGUGUCCAUCUGAAUAUAGAGCACUCGGAUACACUUAAUAAGAACUUCUCCAUCGCCUUCUCCAUCAUCGGCAUGUUCUCCUCCCACGCUGUCAGCAACCUGAGCAUCUUCUUCUGCGCUGAGAUCACCCCCACUGUCAUCAGGGGAGGUGGUCUGGGCCUGGUACUGGCCAGCGCUGGCUUCGGCAUGCUGACCGCCCCCAUCAUGGAGCUGCACAAUCAGAAGGGCUACUUCCUCCACCACAUCAUCUUCGCCUGCUGCACCCUCAUCUGCAUCAUCUGCAUUCUCCUUCUCCCUGAGACGCGCUACCAGCCCCUGCCCGAGACUCUGGCCGAUGGGGAGUGCUACACCCGCCAGCCCCUGCUGCCCCCCAGGAAACCUGGCGAACAGCGCCUCCUCCUGGCCCAGUCAGAGAGUAGCAGGGACUACACCCGGGUCCACGACCCGCCACUGCACGAGGUGCCCGCCACCGGCGUAUUCACCAUGGACUCCACGGCAUCCUCCGCUGUUGACCUCACGGCACCGUCGGUUAUAGAUAUUUCGGCGCCCCCCGCCAUAGAGUUGACGUCCCUCGAGCCUGAGCCUGAUCUUGAUAGCGUGCCCCUGGUUAAGCAAGACCUCAAUGGGCGAUCUGGUACUCCCAUGGCGGCCCUAGAUAAGGCAGGCGUCGUACUGCCUAGUAAAGAGUACCUGUUAUCUUCCACACCUAGAAAUAGUGCCCCCACUGCUUCCAAUCCCCUUCUGAAGUCCACUGAAGAUUCCACUGAUAUACCCCUCAUUAAUUAUGUUGCCUCUGCAUCCAUUUUCAUUGUUGAGGAUGAGACAGCUCUCUCCCCUACUAAGGAAGUUACCACUGCCCCUGAUACAGAAGACAUCUCUACCGCCAUCUUGGUCAACACCAUUCCCCCUGUUAUUGAAACCCAUCCUAUCUCUUCAUUGGACUCAACCACUCCACCAGUACUUGAUUCAUCCCCUACCUCCACAUUGGACUCUACUCCUCCUGCUGUCAUAAAAACCACCCCUACAUUGGAGUCUAUCAUUCCCCCUGUCAUAGAAACCACCCCUAUAUUGGACUCUACCAUUCCCCCUGUCGUAGAAACCACCCCUACAUUGGACUCUACCAUUCCCCCUGUCAUAGAAACCACCCCUACAUUGGACUCUACCAUUCCCCCUGUCAUAGAAACUCCUCAUACCUUGGGCUCUACCACUCCCCCUGUAAUUGUCCCUAUCCCCCCUUCUCCAACGCCCUCCCCUACUCCUGUCAUCAAUGAUAUCGUCCUCCCUCCCCCCAUGGCGGACUUUACCACUCCUAUUGAUUCUAUUGACCCCAUCACCACAGACUCGAUCAUUCCCAUUCUAAUAGACUAUGUAGAUGACAAACUCCCCCUUCCUCCUCCCCCUACUUCAGACUGUACCAUUCCCCCUGUCACAGACUCUGUCCAUACUCCAGAGUUGGACUCUUCAUCUCCAUGUGUUAAUGAUGUUGUUGUCUCUCCCUCUUCCCCUGUUGUAGCUCAUUCCCCUGUUCAUCCCCCCACCCUCCCACCACCACCACUGCCACCCAUUGACUCAGUUCAUACCUCCACAACAGUGGACUCUUCCACUCCCCCUGUCAUAGACACUGUUCACCCCCCCACUGUGGACUCUACCACUCUCCUCAUCACAGACAUUGUUCAACCCCUUACAUUGGACUCUACCACUCCGCUUUUCAUAGACUCACUGCUCCCCAACAUAACAGACUCUGAGACCACAGAGGCAGCACCUGCUUCCACAAUAAUGGACUGCACCAUUUCCUCCCCAAUAGACUCAGGUAUCCUCCCUGUAAUGGACUGUGCCAUCUCAGAAAACAGUGCUGUCAACGGGGUGGCGUCGUCAUGAUCCAAAGCUCCACCCCUGGAACAAGGAGGUGGGCCCCUCCCUCAUGGAGGAAGAAGCCCUGGACACCCAUGUCACAUGAAGGGGCCACUAACUGGCUUAUCAGGCCUCAGACAUUUCAGCUGCUCUGUAGGGAGACUGCCAGCGACAGACAGGAGGGUAACAGCUUGAGCUGGGGACAAGUGUUUUUCUGUGACACCUCUUACUGGGAGAACAGGACAGGGGGACCGGCUGAGGUGACAGUGAUGACUGGUUAGAGACAAUUCAAAAUUUACUGCUGGGGGAUCCAAAAUAGGGGAGGGUUGUGUGUUUUUUUAAAUUGUGCAUGAGAGCGUAGUGCGUUUUUUCCCCUCGGGUUUACAUUCACCCUUUUGCAGGUUUUACUAUAUAAUUUCUUACAUUCUAGCCAAAUGUCCUAAUCUGCUUGCAUGCGCCUCCCCUACAUCAAGGUGUUUUGGUACUUAUGCACUACACUUUUCCGAGCGCUAACUAUACCACAGGCCAAUAUAAUCUACCAGUCUAACUGUCUAUCCUGCCCUCUAUCCACCAUUCAUAGUGACAAUAGUGGUAGGUGGAUCGUUUGUCCAGAUCUGCAAUAACAAGCGAUCAUACCACACAUAAAAUCAUUCAAAGCUGCACCAAUAUAAGCAGAAAGGCCAGGUGCGUCAUUGCGCAUGAAAGAACAGUGAAGACAUGAGACAUGCAGCUCAUGAAUCUCCCCUAUACUGUAAAUCUUGUACAAUUAUCCUACCUAGACUAGCCUAGAACACAAUUGUUUUCAAGUGAGGCUGUAAACUGCAGUGAAAAUGCAAUUUGAAUAACGGCGCAAAAGCGCUGUGAUUUCUAUAUUUAAUUCCAUUAAUUCCAUUUAUUGGUCUACUCUCGACAGUUUAUAAGAUCUAGAGCAGGGGUCUCCAACAGGUAGAUCUUGAGCUACCAGUAGCUCGCAGCCCACCUAUGAGUAGCUUGCCAAACAAUU